AUGGCGCCCAUCCUUUUAGAAGCAGACUUUGACGAAUCUCAGAACAACUUGUUGUCCUUGAAAAGAUCGAGAAGUGAAGCUACCGUGAGCGAAGUCAGUCUCACAUUGACGGACCGACCUUGGCGCCUCCUAUACCUCUUUGAUGCCUUGAAUCCUCUCUCACCCGCCGUGAGCGAGCUACCAGAUAUCCAUAUCCAGCGGUUACUUCAAGUUGCAUGGGUAGCAGUGGCUAGAGCCUUUGCUUACUCGACCACUCUGUACAUUGGUGAGGAAUACUCGAAGGGGUUGUGCUAUGUCGGUGAGGGACCUCAUAGCUCCUCAGGGCCAACUGUCCAGAUCCACGUAGAUGCGCAUGACAGUGUGAAAGAAACAAUCUCCCAGUGUAUGACCGCAUUGGUAACAUCGAAGCUCAGUUCAUUGGCCAUGAAUGGUCACGGUGGAAGUGAUGGAAAAAGCUUUCGAUUCGAUACAGCAAUUGUGUACCAGAAGCAGCUCUCGAAACCUUCCACUUCCAGUGAGGCCAUAUGCAAGGGCCAAUGUCAUACAUGCUGCGCAACAAAAUCUCAUCAGCCCCUGGAGAUGGAAAAUGAUUUCCCGGGCCUUCGCCUCUUGAUUGAGCACACCCCCGACGACAGGUUGCAUGCCCGCUUGGCAAUGGGUGAUUCUGGAAUCGAGCUGCCUUUGGCUAAAAGCCUUUUGUAUAGCUUUAAUCAGGCUCUCAUCUCACUCGACAUCUCCUCGACACAGACUAUCGGUAGUUUAGACUUGUGUUCAGCGGAGGACCGAACGCACAUCGCUCAGUUCACCGGGAAUCCUGCUCCUGCUCAAGACGCGCUUCUGCACGAGCUCUGCUUGCAACACGUGAAGACCACACCAGAUGCUCUGGCCGUUCGUUCCUGGGACGGAGAUCUUACAUAUCGCCAAUUAGAGUCUCUUUCGUCGCGUUUGGCACAUUGGCUCGUGGGGCAAGGAGUUGGUCCGAAUGUCUUUGUCGCAUGUGCAUUCUACAAGUCUACAUGGGCCAUUGUGGCUCGCCUUGCCGUUCUCAUGGCUGGAGGUGCAUAUAUCUGUGUCGAUGGAUCCGAUCCACCAUCUUACCUCGCCUCUGUUCUCGAGCGUACCCAAAUCCAAAUUAUGCUCGUUUCAAAUGGGUAUAAGGAAAAGUUUUCCGGCCGCGUUGAAACAUUGUUUGAAGUGAGCGCAGCAUCAAUCUCAAGUCUGUCGGAUUUCGAUUCAAUUCCGUGCUCUACCGUCACUCCCACCGACCCAUGUGUUGUUCUGUUCACAUCCGGUAGUACGGGAAACCCCAAAGGAAUUGUUCAGGAGCACCGAAGUUAUGCAUCCGCACUGACCGAUUACAUUCGAGUGAUGGAAAUGGGUCCCCACAGCCGUAUGUUCCAAUUCGACGCAUAUGCUUUCGACAUCAGCAAUAAUGACUUCCUGGCUCCUCUUAUUGCUGGCGGCUGCUGCUGCGUUCCAACUGUCUCGCUCACCAUGGACGCGCUCAUGAACGACUUGAACGACUUGGAAGCUAACAUCAUGUUCAUCACUCCCUCCGUUGCCAUCGACCUCGACCCCGAUCGUAUUCCAACUCUGCAGAUGAUGUGUAUUGGCGGCGAGCCAGUUUCAGAUGCGGUACUGGCCAAGUGGCUGUGUCGUGUACGAGUUGUUAAUCAAUAUGGCAUGGGAGAGGUCGCUUCUUUGUGCGCGUACAACCGCAAUCUUCAGAUGGGCCGUGGGUCCGUUAUAGGUCGACCGGCGACAGGCGCGAUCUGGAUCGUCAGCCCAGAUAACCCAGACCAACUGAUGCCCGUGGGGGCAGUUGGCGAGCUUCUUAUCGAAGGACCACACCUUUCACAGGGGUAUCUGGACCAUGUUUCUGGAAAGUCUGAAAACUUCCUCCCCACUCCGCCUGUUUGGAUGGCGCAGCUACACGAGGAAAGACCAAAUCAUCGACUCUACCGCUCCGGCGACUUGGGUCGAUACAAUCACGACGGCACGAUCGAGCUCAUGGGCCGCAAAGACAGCAUGUUGAAGCUUGAUGGAGCACGCGUUGAAGCCGGUCAGGUCGAGUACGUCCUCCGACAAAGCCUUUCCACAGGCGAUGCAGCUGUCGUCGAUGUGCUAGGUGCGGUUGAUGGGAAAGGAGACCCCAUUUUGGCGGUUUACUUAUACCUCGCCAACAACCCAUUGAAUGUGAAUAGCGGCCCGAUCGAAGAAAUGCAGUUCUGGCCCAUCAGCAGCAAGCAUUCUGUUCACAGUCUUACUGAGUACUUGAGUGCUACUGUUAGUGACAGCUUGCCUAAGUACUAUGUUCCGGGUCUUUACCUACUUGUUGAUAGAGUUCCACGCACGAAGUCCAAGAAGACGGAUCGUCGGAAACUUCAUGUGCUGGGUCAGGCAUAUUAUAUGGAACAUCGAGAGGAGUUGAAGGAUAUCACUGUUUGGCCUGAGUGGGAUUGA